AUGACAUCGUCGAGAGGCAAUUACCGUGUGAUGACGGCGGAGGAAGAGGAGGCGGCCGACCGGUGCGUGGGCUGGAUCUUCGUCUAUAUCGCGGUCUACUCCCUCGGCAUCUUCGCCUUCUUCGCUGUGAUUUCCUACACACACGUGUUUACCGGCGCCACCAAGUUCGACAAGAUCUUCUUUGGGAUCCUGGGAGCGCCUUUUCUGCCCAUUGGCCUUGGCUUCAUCUGCCUGCUUCUACGGGAGGACAGGCCCUUCCGCAACAAGCAUGCCACCGCUCGAGUCGCCGACCUGCCGCCCGCCGAUGUGUGCUAG